AUCCUAUCAAAUAUCUGUAAGUUUAGUUACUUGUAAUUAAUUCCAUGUUCCUCAGAUCAAGUUUUUUCUUCACAUAGCAUUCUUUCAUUGUUAAGUUUUCUAAGGUUUCCUUCAGCUCAGUGUACACUGCUCUCCCGCCCAAAUUGUUGACCUCUGUGAAAACUCCUUUCCUCGUAUUCCUUAGUAAUUCAUUGAAAGGUUGUAUUUAUAUGUUUGUUAUUGCUUCUGUAUUGUUAAGUUACUUUUAGUACAGUGGCAACUGAAUUAUUAAUCUCGAGUUCUCUCAUUUCUGCAGGAAUUUAGUGAUGCAAUUGCUUGGCUUAGCUCACAUUGUUCUAUCUGAAGAGAACAGAUACACUGCCUUCUAAGGUGAACCAUUUAUAUCAGUUGAGAAAGAGUGAAUCGAAAUACCAUCAUGGAGAUUAUGGAAGAAGGCAACCUGAUGGAUCGUGUUCGAAUCCUGUUGCAACGAGACCUGGGCUACUACCAGACUCACCAGACAGUGUUACAGGAAAAUCUUUGUCCGGGCAUUGUGGGGGGACUGCUGGACUUCCCGCACUAUGCCUCAUUUGCUGCUGUCAAGUUGGUGUUAUGGUGGGAAGAAGAGUACGUGGCGGCAUUCCGCUGUGCGUCUGGUUUAUUGGAACGUGCAAGUGAUAUUCCCGUGGAGCAACCCGAAUCCGAAGAGCUUGAUCGAGGUUGUGGAGGCAUUGCUGUCACCAAGACCUCAGCCCCAACUGAGUUUAUAAGUCUUGUAGCUGAUUCGUCAAGCCAGUUACUGGAACAUUUGCACACCCUCAGCCAGGAAGCCCUUGACCAUGCUGACCUCACUGUAUUGACUGGGACUCUAGGAGCAGCUGCCCUCAUCAGGAACUGCCUGUGGUGCUACAAUGAGAAACUUAAGAAUAAAGAACGGACCCAGUCUAAACAAAAUGUCACGUUAUCUCUUCAUGCGAGUUACCGCAAAUUCCAUGAGAUGGCAGAAGCUUUGGCAGAGAGGUUGCUGGAUCUUCACUGUCGCUUGCUGUCACUGUAUGUUCUGCAAGAUGCUGAGUGCCUUCAUUGGGACGACCCCCAUCCAUUCUUUGAGGGAGAACGUGGGUCUUUUGUUGUUCAGAUGUGGUGGCUGUAUAUGCAAGGUACAAAAGAAGAUCUAUGGAACACAGUGCCUCCAAAGAUGGCCCAGAGAGUCUUGGCUGGAAUGUUGAAUGAAUCUUUAACAAUUCUGGCAGUCCGAUACACUCAGGCAUUACCAAGCAGUGGGCGUAGCUCACUGUUAGUAACUGAUGUCUGCAAUCUACUGCUGUGUGUGCGACAGAUAUUGCCCUCAAUAUGUAAUGAUGCUGUCGAGUUGAUGGGGCGUACAUCACAGAACAAAGUGUUGCAUGACGUGCAUGCAAAGUGUCAUGAGCUCUUGGUAUGCCUGAUCCUGCGCGGCAGCCCUCUCUCUGCACUCUACAAGGUGUUUCGUCAUGGAGUGAAUGGGGUUGCUAUCUUCUCUCCAUGGGACAGCUCAGCCCCUGCUCCAUGGUUGGUUGUGACUUCUCCUCACUUAUAUCCUGACCCUCGCAGUAACAUCAGUGAUCUCACUGACGGGCCUGCCAUUGCACUGGAACUCUCUGUGCUUGUUGCACAGCCACAGGCCUCCUGGCCUCUUCUCCUGAAGGUUCUCACAAUGCGUCACUAUAGAGUUACAUGUGUAAUUUUGCAACAUCUCAUGCGACAGUGUGCAAAAGUAACCAUUCAGCCUGCCUGUUGUAUUGUGAACGAUGCAAAGGAGCAAAAAGGUGAAGCAGAACAGUGUGGAGGCUUCCUAUGUGGUGACAGAGGUGAAUGCUCUUUGGGUUGCAGCCCAUCAGAACUACACCUGCCACCCAGUGUAAUAGUUUCAUCACUGACGUACAUCACAACAAUGGUGGGAACACAACACGACUUGACACAUGUGCUAGUUCCAGUGCUGGAAAAGAAUUCUGAUUCCUGGGCAUCUUGCCUUGACAGACGGCAGGUGUGGAACCAGAGCCGCCCUCCUUGGCUAGAAGCCAUGAUGUCACCAUUAGAACCAGUUCUGGUGCCUGUGGUCGAGACUCUGAUAUCAGUCAGUUGCGCUGGGGACUCCUACCUGGAUCAAGCUAUGGAUGUUACAUUGGACUGCCUGAUACAACUGGUUGAAUGUCUCCCUGCUUCAGUUCUCCGAGCAGCAGUAGUGCUUGAGGAGGCCAUACCAGCAGAUGUUCAUCCUAUGUCCGGUUCAGUGUUGCUACAGCUUAUUAUAGCAGCCUUGUACUCCCAGUUGUUGGGUGCUGUUGGAAACAGUACGACAGCACUUGCGGAGGCACUGUGUAGCCUUCAUCAUUCUGGUCAUGACACCAAGAUUGAAGCUUUUAUUCAUGCUGCUGAGGAGCGUGCACAGAUCUCAUGCGUGGACAAGAACUGUGUGUCUAUGGAGGCAGCACCAUACACAGCUGAGAUCCUUGUCAGCAACCUCUUGCUUAGUGCAGGAGGCCGCCGCGCUCUUAAGAUUAUGUGGCAGUUCAUGCAGCACAGUUGGCACUGGUUACUGGGUCAGCUGGGAGCUUUAGAGCCCAAAGAGGUGGCCCCUUCUGCUCCACCCCCUAUCCCAGCCACGGCAUCUCGGCCUGCUCCUACCAAAUUGUUGCACACCAUGUUCCAUGUGGGGAACAGGCCCUUUGACCAGCUGUUGGCAGGGACUUGGGAGCUGGACUGGAACAAACUGCUUCAAACUCCUCUCUCACUCACACCAGAACGUCUUUGGGCUCAGCUCUCAUGCCGUUCAGAGUUCCGAGAAGGACCGGCCACGCUGAAUGAACAUGAUGCAACAGUUAUCAGUAUGCUGUCUGAAUUGUUCCAGUCAGUAGCAGCUACACCAUUAUGUCAACGUUUAUAGGAAUUAAGCGUGAACCCUUGUUAAGGCUUUUUUCAUUUACACGAGGAUCCUUAUUGAAGAAUUAGGUGCAAUUCAACACCUGAGUUUGGUAUCAUUGUAUGCCUGUUAAUGACCCAGUAUAAGGGUCGAAACAUGUGGGUCAAUAAAAACAGAUAUUGAUAUGAUAGUGUCUACUUUGUUUUAAAUACAUAAUAUUGUUGUGUAGACUGCAUACUUUUGUAUACCUUUUAUGUACCUUGUUUACACCAUGAGUGACAACAGAAAUAUUAAAUGUGUGUGCAUUUUUCUUUUUGUUUCUAGGUGGUUUUUGCAUAUCUAUACAAUCUGGGUACUUCAAAAACUUACAGAAAAGCUUGCCAUUUACAUUGAAACUCAGAAUAACGUGACUUUUUAUUUUAUGAUCUGAGAUGUAUCAUGAAUAAAGUCUUGUUCCUAGGAGAAGAAGAUUAUGAAAUUAUUUUAAGAGGAUAUAAACUAUGGCUUCUUAUAUUAAACUUUUUUCAGAAUACAUGCCUCUUAUUUGCUUAA